GGAUACUCCCACAGUGCUCUGCGGCGGCGGGAGGAUGCUGAGGGGUGGCCCGGGCAGGGACACGGAGCCGGAUGCUGGGCUGGAGAGGGAGGCACGGGAGGACAGAAGGGUUUUUGUUCGGAGCUGAGCGCCCCGGGCUCAGCUCGGCCGCUCCUUCCCCACCCGCAGCGCACAGUGCAGAAGAAUGCCAAGUACAUCUGCCUGGCCAACAAGGACUGCCCUGUGGACAAGCGGCGCAGGAACCGCUGCCAGUUCUGCCGCUUCCAGAAGUGCCUGGCCGUGGGCAUGGUCAAAGAAGUGGUCCGGACCGACAGCCUGAAGGGGAGGCGAGGCCGGCUCCCCUCCAAGCCCAAGCAGCCGCCGGAUGCGUCCCCGGUCAGCCUCAUCACCUCGCUGGUGCGGGCUCACAUCGACUCCAUCCCCAGUGCCACCAAGCUGGACUACUCCAAGUUCCAGGAGUCAGCCCCGUGCCCGUUUGAGAAGGAGGACUCCGUGGACGUGCAGCAGUUCUACGACCUCCUCACCGGCUCCAUGGACGUCAUCCGCAAGUGGGCCGAGAAGAUCCAGGGCUUCAGCGAGCUGCCCAAGGAGGACCAGGACCUCCUGCUGGAGUCAGCCUUCCUGGAGCUCUUCAUCCUUCGCCUGGCGUACCGCUCCAAGCCAGAGGAAGGCAAACUCAUCUUCUGCAACGGCGUGGUGCUGCACCGGCAGCAGUGCGUGCGUGGCUUCGGCGAGUGGAUCGACGCCAUCCUCGAGUUCUCCCAGAGCCUGCACCGCAUGAGCGUCGAUGUCCCCUCCUUCUCCUGCCUCGCCGCCCUCGUCAUCAUCACAGGUGAGAUCCUCCCAGCUCCAGGCUUGUCGCUGUCCCCAUCGCCA